AUGUACCGUCUGAAUUCGAUAUCGCAUAUGUCGAGAUGCGUUCUACCAAAUAUUAAUUUUAUUCGUUCCGGAGUGAAUACUCGACGUAAUGUACAUGUUUAUAAAAAUGUUUUUGUGAAACUCCCGCGAUUUACCGCUAGGAUAGAAAGAUAUCGUUUCAACGAUAGUCACAAGUCGCAGGACAGAAAAUCCAGGAUGCUCCUUGCAGUAUCGUUGCCUACAUUAAUUUUCAAUUAUCUUCUUGGUAUCGAAGAUACCGACGAAGAAGUCCCGGAAGUCAUUAUGACGAUCAAACGAUCCGUAUUAUUGAUACAGAAGGGAGAAUAUGAUAAAGCAGAGCAAAUGCUACACUUAGCGUUACGCCAAGCACAAACCGUACAACAUUAUGAUGCUGUCACAUACAUCUAUGAUGUAAUGGCUAAUCUUGCUUUCGACACUGGAAAAUAUCGCAAAGCAGAGCAAUUGUUCGUAUCAGUUUUGCAAAGGCUAAUGUCGAAUGGAGCCACAGAAGAUGACAUGCGAGUCAUCCAUAUAAGCCUGAAAAUGGCCAAAGUGUUUGAACAUCUUAACGAGCCAAAGAAAGCAGAGCAGGGUUAUAUAUUUUGUAUGGAAAAUUUGAAAUCACACAUCGAAAAAGAUCCUGAUAAUAAAGACGCUGUGUUGCUACAGGGUAUAGCUUUUGAUUGGUACGCGCGAAUGUUACUUUCACAAUCUCGAUAUACCGAAGCUUUGAAUUAUCUCCUUCAAGCUUAUAAUAUAUGUAAAAAAAUGAAUGGUGAAGAACACGAACAAACUGUUGUUCUGCUUAAUGAUUUGGGAACAAUUUGUUGUAUACGAGAAGAAUAUGAUGAAGCUAUUAAAUAUUUGUCUGCCGCAGUAAAAAUAGGGGAAAACUUACCUGAUAUGGUUGACUUGGGUUCAAUUCACGUGAAUUUAGGAAGUGUGCUUCUAAAAAAAGGUUUAUAUGAUGAAGCUAAAAAAUCUUGUCAACGAGGAAAAAAAAUAGCUGAAAGUAAAGAAGACAAUGAGUCUUUGUUAGAAGCAGAUGAAUGUCUCAAGGAAGUAAAAAGAUUACUGUCGUUGUAAAUCCUUAUGAUUAUUUCAGAUAGUUGUUAAAAAUAUAUGUUUAA